AUGGACACCCGUCGACCAGUGACCCUGGGGGCCUCGAUCACCGUCUUCGUAAUCGCCUCAAUAUUCGUCGCCUUGCGGUUUGUAUCGCGCAUCUUCAUUGUACGGAAAGUUGGGUUACACGAUUAUGUGAUGUUGCUGGCCUGGGUGCUCGACUUUGGUUUUUCCUUUUCUCUGUUUUAUGCGACCAAGUACGGAUUGGGAUUGCACUCUUCGGAGAUCCCUUUCGAGGACCAAUUUGCCCUGAACAAGGCGACCUAUGCGUUCACGGUGCUCUAUAACCCGGCGCUCAUGGCUGUCAAAACCUCGAUCCUCAUCUUUUAUCUGACUUUGACUCGCAAUAACAAGAUCUUCCAAAUAGCAAACUACGUCACCCUAGCGGUCGUCAAUGCGGCAGGCUUUGCGUUGACCAUGGUCAAUGUCUUCCAGUGCCAUCCCUUUUCCGCCUCGUUUGUGCCGGGUGUGCCCAAUGGCGCGACCUGCAUCGACAUUGUCACUCUAUAUCUUUCAUCGUCGCCUGUCAAUAUCGUGACGGACCUCGCCAUUCUGUUUCUGCCAAUUCCAAUAUUGACGCAGAUGCGACUUCCUUUUAAGCAAAAGGUGAUCCUGGUUGUGACGUUUAGUUUCGGUUUCUUUGUCGCCGUGGUGGAUGUCAUCCGUAUUGCCUUCCUUCAAAGAGCCGCAAUCUCGAAGUCCCUUGCCCUGAAAACGAUCCACCUGCAGAACAACACGGACGCCGAUUUCAGCUGGUAUGCCUCAUUAUCCUUUAUGUGGUCCGUCGUCGAAGUCAAUAUUUCCAUCAUCUGCGGCUGUGUUCCUAGUCUCAAACCACUGGUAACUCGCCUCAUGCCCAAAUUGAUUCGCGACACUGGAGAUCCAUCAACUACUCCACGCAGCCACUACGCGGUCAAUGAGAGUCCGAUCACGGUUCCUCCUCUCAUCGCGGGCCCGAGCCCUUUCACCAGAACCCCCGAGGCGUCACCCUCUUCCAGUGUAGGAAGCAAGCCUUCGCAGACAGGCAGCAGGAGUCUUUCCCCUCGCCGGAGAAGCAGACAGGCAUCCGACCAGCCGAUGGACAUGUUGGAUUUCUUGACCGAACCGGGCCACCCAAUUGGCGAUGUGGAAACAAAUACUCGAACCAGUGCGUCGUAUCCACCCGACAUCACCUUUUUCGACUUUGUCAAUAUGAAGACGCCUGCCAGUAUGCUCAAAUUGAACAACCGUGAAUCCAUCCCACCCAUCGCUUUGGCAACACUCCUGUUCUUCCUGUGGGGAUUCGCCUACGGCCUGCUUGACACUCUGAACACGCAAUUCCUGCGGAUCGUUCGACUCGACGCGUGGCACUCGUUGGGGUUACACUGCGCCUAUUUCGGGGGAUACGCUUUGGGACCGCUUCUGGUGGGACGACCGGUUUUGAAGACCUGGGGAUUCAAGGCUACCUUCAUCACUGGGUUAUGCAUAUAUGCCUGUGGGGCACUGAUCUUUUGGCCCUCCGCGGUGCUAACGUCCACGGUCGCCUUUACCAUCUCCAACUUUAUUGUCGGGUUUGGGUUGGCUGUUUUGGAAACAGCGGCGAACCCUUUUAUCGCUUUGUGUGGUCCCCAGGAGAAUUCGGAAAUCCGUCUCAAUAUUUCGCAAGGUGUACAAGCGAUUGGCAGUGUGCUGUCACCACUCCUGGCACAGAAAGUCUUGUUCAAGGAUGUCAAAGAUGUGGCGUCUCUUGUGGACGUGCAAUGGACGUACCUUGGGAUCGCCUUUUUCGACGUGCUGCUCGCAGUCGCGUUCUAUUACCUCCCUGUCCCCGAAGCGUCCGACGAGGACUUGGAGGAAUUGGCCAACCGGCGCAAACACGACAAUCAGACCAAAGUGAUCGGUAUUCCGGUUGUGUGGCUCACUCUGGCUCUGGGUGUCUGGUCGCAAUUUUUCUACGUAGGGGCCCAGGAGGUUCUCUCUACGAGUUUGGAGCGUUUUGUUGCCAACGCCGAUCCGAGCUCCUCGCUCACUCCAUUUGACUAUCUCACCGUUGGCCAUAGUGUCUUUGCUGCCGGUCGGUUUCUAGCCGCAUUCGUUCAGUGGUUCAUUAAGCCACGCUGGUUCCUCAUGGCCUCGUAUCUCGGCGUGAUUGUGUUCACUGCGCUUUCAAUGAGGACAUCAGGUUCAACGGCCAUUAUUAUGACCAUGUUCAUCUACCUCUUUGAGAGCGGCAUCUUCAGCACCAUCUUUGCAAUCUCUCUCCGUGGCACAGCUCAACAUACCAAAACAGCCUCCGCCAUCCUUGCCACCGCAAUUAGCGGUGGCGCCUUUUUUCCGUUCGCCGAAUACGCCGUUUACCUCUCCCAUGGCCAGCCUUAUUCAUGGUCUAUCCUCGUCUCACUCUUCGCCGCCGGCGCCAUCUUCCCGCUCUACCUCAACUUUGUCCCCACCGCCCAAAAACAAGUCGACCCAGUUCCAAACGAAUACCUCCGUCGACAUCGUCGAAAAAGAUCGAAGCCCUCUGUGGCUAAGCAGCAGGAGAAACAGACCCACACAGAAGGCGGUGUUCUUUCUCAACCGCGCAGCUUUGUCUCCGAAACCGACAUGUUGCCCGAUUUGCCCACGCCACGCGAAGUGCAUCUGAGUCCACGGACUCGAAGUGCAGAUGCAGUCCACGACGACUCUUCAUCGAGCUCACGCGGCCAGUCGCAGUCUUCGAGCCAAGAUGGUGGGAAGAAGGUGGAAUUCGCAGAGACGUGA